AUGCCGGUCGGACGCGGAUCGAAGGAGCUCGGGCGGAGGCGCCCGGCUCGUCAGAGCAUCGGCCCCGGGGGCUCGGCGCCGCAGGGCUGCCACCUCCACCACACCGUAUGCGGCGUUUGCUUGCUAAAUGAGCGGAUUAGGUGCGCGGGGCGGAAGUGUCGGAGGCGACACGCGCGUCGUUGCCACUGCAGGCCGCCACUGAGGCGGGGCGGCCCGGGAAAGCCUCCCCGCGCCCCUCCCGCCCUCGGCUACACCCUCCCGCACCACCCCGCCCGCCAUGUGCCCGGAGCGCGCUCAGCCUCUCGCCUCGCAAAGGGUUGUCGGCAAAGGGAAAUUGCUACUAUCGUCUUUUUGUCGUGA